GGUGGUUGUAUUUAAAACAGCCCAGAAGGGAAACAAAUACAACACAGCUGGCAGAGUCGGCAAGAACACAGACAGAAACCAAUUACACUAAGGGCUAGAGUCUAGACAAAUCUAAGGCUCCGUCGGAGUUUAGUAAACUGGCUCGACCCCAACCAAAUAACAGUAAAGAAAGCCAGCUCAAAACAGAGAUCCCAUCUGGGGGACAGGGUAAACCAUGUUGAUGACUUUCCCAUUUCCCCAUUUCCCAUUUCCCUUCGCGGCUAGAGGCGUUGCAGAUAUGCCGAGGCUGUCCACCCCUCAAAUAAAAAGUACUAGGUCUAUAGUUCCAACUUUUCUUCCGGUUAAAAGUUGUCUUCCUCAGCUGGUGACUCUCAAUCUCAACUUGGACAUGAAUCUGAAUAUGCUAAGAUGGGCACGAGUGCCAUGUCUGAGGAAUUUGCAGAAGGUUAAUAAAUGUCCUCAUCAGUGCCUUAAGGUGGUGAAAUUUUCUGGGUUCGUUGGGUCUAGUAUCGACACUGAGCUUGCCAUGUACUUCUCUGAGAAUGCCGUUGCGCUUGAAACGUUUAUCGUCGAUCUCAGAAAGGUUGUCGUUGAAGAAUCCACUCUAUUGUCUGAAUUUGUUACAACCCAGAAACAACUGAGGGCAGCAAGAAAGCGUGCUUUGCAGAUAGGUAAAAAACUACCUCCAGGAGCUGAGUUAAUUGUUUUGUAAUUUCACUUGUUUAAUCCUCUUUGCUACAGACGUGAUACACUUUUUGCAGCAUGUAAUUUGCCACUAUUUAUUUCUGAUAUUUUCCGAAAAUUAAAUAAUGUUUGUGUGGUGAACAAGGAAGACAGUUUUGGUACUUGAUUGAUUUCUUCCAAUAUGUAGAUUCUUGAAUGAGUUGGAGACAAAAUUAAAAAGGACAUGUGAUUUGCACGGUCU